AUGGAGAACCCCAUUCAGCAAUUAACAUGUUGGCAGGGCACGGAGGGGCGGUGCUUUCCCCCAGGGCGAGCCGCUGUCGCCUGCGCUGGAGAGUUUAGCGGGGGCAGGCUGUCUGAACGUAACUGCAUAGAGAUUGUUGCUAAACUGAUUGCUGAAAAGCAGCUGGAAGUAGUGCACACCCUUGAUGGAAAGGAGUAUGUCACUCCAGCACAGAUUAGCAGAGAGAUACAGGAUGAGCUUCAUGUUUGUGGUGGUCGAGUAAACAUUGUUGACUUACAACAGAUAAUAAAUGUAGACCUGGUCCAUAUUGAAAGCCGAGCUAAUGACAUUGUUAAAUCAGAUAGAACUAUUCAGCUGGUGCUAGGACAGCUUAUAAAUGAGAGUUACCUAGACCAAUUAGCAGAAGAGAUAAACGAUAAACUACAGGAGACUGGCCAGGUGACAGUAUCUGAACUCUGCAAGACAUACGACCUUCCAGGAGACUUCUUGAUACAGGCAUUGUCCCCCCGUCUGGGUAGGAUUAUCCAUGGCCGGCUAGAUCAGGACAACAAAGGAGUGAUUUUUACAGAAGCAUUUGUAGCCCGGCAUCGGGCACGCAUUCGCGGUCUGUUCAGUGCCAUUACUUGGCCUACUUCUGUCACUAACUUGAUCACUCGGUAUGGAUUUCAGGAACAACUUCUUUACUCUGUGUUAGAAGAACUUGUUAACAGUGGACGUCUAAAAGGCACAGUGGUUGGUGGGAGACAGGAUAAGGCUGUGUUUGUUCCAGACAUCUAUGCCAGAACACAGAGCAACUGGGUGGACUCCUUUUUCAAGCAAAACAGUUACCUAGAAUUUGAUGCAUUGUCCAGACUUGGCAUCCCAGACCCUGUGAACUACAUAAAGAAAAGAUACAAGUCCACAAAGCUUUUAUUUCUGAAAGCAGCCUGUGUUGGUCAGGAAAUUGUGGAUCAGGUGGAGGCUUCAGUAGAUGAAGCUAUCAGCUCUGGAACAUGGGUGGAUAUAGCGACUCUUCUACCUAGUUCAUUAUCCAUAGAAGAUGCUGGAAUUUUGCUUCAGCAAGUGAUGAGAUCUUUCAACAAACAAUUGCCGACUGUAAUCUUUAGUGACACUAUUGUAGUCAGUGAGAAAUUUAUAAACAGUUGUACUGAUCUGUUCAGUGAUUUAAUGCACCAGAAAGCCGAAAAGGAAAUGAAAAAUAAUCCUGUUAAUUUAGUCACCGAAGAGGACCUGAAACAGGCUUCUAUUUUAGAAAAUGUGUCUGCUAAUAAAAAAGACAGAAAGGAUGAAAGAAGGAAGAAAGCAAUAGAGGGCAGUGGAAGUGUAAGAGGAGGAGGAGGUGGAAAUGCCAGAGAAAUCAGGAUUAAGAAAACCAAGAAGAAAGGAAGAAAGGAUGCUGAUAGUGAUGAGGAAUCACAAGCAAGUAGUACAAGAAAGAAUAAGCACUUGGAGAUUCCUUUCAUGACACAGGAAGAGAUUCAAGAUGUUUUAAGGAGCUAUAUACAUGACUGUCCUGAAGAGCUUAUCACAGAACUUGCUGAACAUUUAAUAAGGUCCCUAACAGCAAGUUACCAGGAAGUGGUACGUUCAUUGUUCAUGUCUUCAACCUCUUCUUUAUCUGGAGCUAGCAGGAGGCGGACCAUCAAAGACUUGCAGGAUGAGGUUUCAAACUUGUACAAUAACAUCCGAUUAUUUGAAAAGGGAACAAAGCAUUUUACAGAUGAGACGCAAACUAAUCUUGCCAAACACAUGCUGAAGACCAUUUGUACAGACAUCACAAAUCUUAUUUUCAACUCUCUUGCUGCCGAUUUAAUGAUGGCAACGGAAGAUUGUACUGCCAUUACAAGUGAGGUCAGGAAAAAGAUUUUAGCAAAGUUACCUGAAGAGACCAGAGGUCCUCUGACUAAGCUACAUGCUUCUCUGAAUGGCAAGAGUUUAGAAGACUUUCUUUUGUGCCUUGAUUCUGCAACAGAUGCUUGUGAUAUUAUGGUGAAAAAAGGGGACAAAAAGAAGGAAAGGCAAAUUCUGUUUCAACAUAGACAGGCACUGAUUGAACAACUGAAAGUCACAGAGGAUCCGGCUCUUGUUUUACACCUGACAUCAGCCCUGCUGUUUCAGUUUUCAACACACUGCAUGCUUCAUGCACCAGGAAGAUGUGUACCACAAAUCAUUACUUUCCUAAGCACUAAGAUCCCAGAGGAUCAACAUUCUCUUCUGGUCAAAUAUCAGGGAUUAGUGGUGAAACAAUUGGUCAGUCAGAAUUAUAAGAUUGGACAAGGGGAUGACAACACAGUAGAUAACCUAGUAGAGGAAGAAUGUGCAGACACUGUUCGAAAAGAACUUCAAGAAAUCACCACCUCUCUCAAAGAUCUUGUUCUCAGGCCCAGAAAAUCUUCUGUCACAGAGGAGUGACUGUCUGUCUAAACUUAAAUCCAGCAAACAGAAUAUUUUUUUCUUAAAUGAGAAAGGUGUUCAUUGUGUUGGGAUAGUGGAGAUUGAUUGAGAGAGCCUUCGCUUCAGAAACUUUUUCUUUACCCUUUAAAAUUGCAGACUUAAAGAUAACAGACAGUGAUGGAUAUGAAUUUUGAUUUACAGUCUUAAAAAAAUAUUAUCCCAGUGCAUGCAAUGUUACACAAGACAUUGAUAGCAACACUGGCUAUGAAAUUAAAAUUCUAAGAUGACCCCUUUAUAUAGCAUCUCAAAAUAUUGGUAUUCUUUCAAAUGAUUGAUUGAGUAUUUUACAAAUAUCUGUGAGUUUAUAAUUUGCUUUUCAGACCAGGAUUUUUUCCCUUUUUACCUGUAUAGUAAAUAUCAAAAUGUAAGUUUGUCUAGAUUCCACAGCUACGUUUUAAAUUUAUGUUUAUAGGUCUGUAAUAGCAUUGAAUGAGAGGUCAUCUUUCUUUAUUGAUCUCAUGAAUUGGAAAUUUUUCAGAGUAUCCUCCCCCUUCUCUCCCCAGCUAUACAAAGGCAAAAUAUAAAAUGGUCAAGCACACCCGCAUAACAUAGUCAAAAUAUCUGAUUGGUUAGAGUAAAGCUUUUAACCAGAGAGGUAAUAGUGAUUAAGGAUGGAUUUCUUUUUUCAACAAACUCCAGUGAAUUCUGCGCACACUAUUAUUUUUCAUUUCAUUUUCUAAUGAUUUGCAAUAAAACUGUUAAGGUAUGCACGUGAUCUGUAUUGGGUUUAUAGGGAUUUUUUUGAGGAGGAGAAAUGGGGAAUGACUUCUGUAGUUAAUGUACAAGUUAGAUUGUUUAGGAAACAUUUGCUACCACACAGUUUCAGAUGUGACUCCUAGAGAAGUUUCUUAAGGGGUGUAUCCAUAUCCGUAUCCACGGAUAUGGAUACAAGGGGUAUAUCAAUAUCCAUUACAAAUACUGUUUUUAUUCGAGGGAGUUUGGUCCAGAACUUUGUUCACUUUACCAUAUGUUUUUUUUAAAAAUAUUCUGAAAAUAGUAACCAUUUUGAGUAUCUGCUAUAGUGUUUUUUUCUGAUGUUAACCUAUUCCAAGUGGUAUUUGAUAUUAUUUAGCUAUAUUUUUGUCAUGCCCAUUGUAAUUUGUAUCCUCAUUUGUACAUGGGGUAUAUUGUGUGUCUUAGAAAAAAUAUAUGUAAAGAAUACCAACUAAAAUCUUGCCAAUAUUAGUUAAGUAUAUAAUUUGUGUAUGUCAGUUGUAUAUUUUUGAAUUUGUUUUGAAGUUAGUGCAGUUUUAAUUUAGCAAAUCAGUUUCAACUUAUCACUGGAAUAUGCAGUGAUUAUACUUGUUACCUAGCUGCUUGCAUAAAAUCAGGUCUUAAUAGUAAGGCAAUAGACAUUGAUAUCCAGUGAAAAUAAUAGUACAGUAGUUCUAAGUAUUCUUUCAUUCUUGCCCAAACUCUAUUAGCACUGAACAAAACCUCCUGUAAGAAUGCUAUUAAGUUGCAGUGGUUGUUAAAUUCCUGCAGGAUGUGUGCAGAAUUGUGCAUUGGGUAGAAAUCAACCAAAAAUGUCCCCAAAACUUUGAUUGCAACAAAAGAAAGGUGACUUGAAACUUUUGUGUUCCUGCAUUUAGGCUUAUUUUAGAAUGCAGUUUAAAAAAACAGAAUCGCUUAUAAAAAAUUACUAGAUUACUGUACUAAAGUCAAUAAUAUCUCUACAAAAUAGCAUUGGUUCUGUCCAAACUGUAAUACAAAGGAGCAACUCCAUCUCUGCCCUUUGGAUUUAGAGGCAGAGACAGUUUUGUCCAUCAUCCUAGUUGGAAGCCUCCAUAUAAGCCUGUCACCUGGAAAUAGCAAAAAAGAAAAUAUUCUGACUGCUUUCACUUUGUUUACAAAAAUGGUUUGCAUAAAAUAAGUAUAUUUAUUCUCUUGUUAUUGAAUGAAAAUAGUUAUAAUUUUCCUAUAUUAAAUGUACACACUUUUAUAUGGCAUUGAUUUUGUAAAUAAUACUCUACAAUUUGAUAUUCUUUAUGUAAAUAUAAUUAUUUUAAUAAAAUUAAUGAUUUAAGUGGUUAAAAUAGUUUCUGCUGUUGACUUAACCAUAGAUAUGUCGAUUGGACUUGCACUUGUUGCUUGCAAACUACAGUUGUUAAUGUGCUCCAUUUAAUUUGUUAUACUUGCCAAUUUUGUGUCCUCUUUUUUGCUUAAAACUGUUGUAAUACAUAAUAAUGAAUUAAUACAAGUCUUCUAUGUAAUGCAACAGAUUUUUGUUACAAAUAUAGGCCACAUGAUGAGAAUAAUAAAAGGAACAUUCUUUAAAAUGGAUAGGAAAGAAGUACUAAUGUUUCGGUAGUGGUCUCUUCAUAGAAUUUUCAGUGGUUAAUUAUGAGAAACCUUCAUUGGUGUUUCCAUGCCAGAAAAAAUAAGUAUUGAAUAUCUGUCUAUCAAGUGUAGAGGUUAACAUUCCUAGAUAAAGGUGUCUUUAAUUACAAGAGAGAGGAAUAAAUAAAAUAUUUUCCCCCAAACACUGU